AUGGGGGAGGUGCAGUAUGAGGAGCGCGUGUACCCUGCAGGUCACUGGGCGUGUGUGACCAGAGGAGAGAAGCUGUACGAGCAGAGCAUCUCGAACAGCUUCAUGAAACUGAUGCGCUUCAUCUGCAAAGAAAACUCUGCAGGCCGGUUCCUGGGCAUGACGGUGCCGGUGGUCAGCAGCAUCACCAUGACGGAGGACGGCGUGACAUUUGAGAAAGACGUGCAGACGGCGUUCUUCCUGCCUGCAGAGUUCCAGGCCGACCCGCCGCGCCCCUCUGACCCCGACGUCGUCGUCGUCUACAGGGAGCCAAUCAGAGUGGUGGCCAGGACGUUCUUCGGGACGACGACGGAGGAGACGGUGACCAAUCAGAUCGGCCUGCUGUGGGAGAUUCUGGGCGUGGCCGACAACCUCUGCAGGGACGAAUACAUGGUCGCCACAUAUGAGAACCCCGGCGUCCCCCGCCGCCGCAACGAGAUCUGGUUCAUCAGACGCCACCUGUAGGCGCCGCGCCCUCCCCCUCUGAUUGGCUGGCUUGUUUGUCUGCUCACUUCCUGUACUUUUAUGUCAAAUUGACCAAUCAGAGCAGUUUGUUAGCAGGUCCUGACACUAAGCCCCGCCCCCUGCCUUUCCUGUCCAAUCAGAACGCCUCUCUGACCAACUGACAGCUCUUUGGUUAACACGAAAAUACAUCAUCACUGUUUGAUCAGCUGCCGACCUGAGCGGAUGAGUAGAUACUGAUCAAUACAUCUGAUCAGUAUCUAUUGAUCAGUAGAUCAGAAUCUAUUGAUCAGUAGAUCAGAAUCUAUUGAUCAGUAGAUCAAUACAUCUGAUCAGUAGAUCAGACUGUUAACAUCAAAGCAGCAGUUCAACUUUGAAAGAGAACCAUCUCAACAGCUGUAGAGUCCUGGAGUCCUGGUCCUGGACUCCUAGGGUCCUGGACUCCUGGGGUCCUGGACUCCUGGGGUCCUGGAGUCCUGGUCCUGGGGUCGUGGGGUCUUUGAGUCCUGGACCCCUGGGGUCCUGGUCUGGGCGGGUCAGUUUGCUGAGAGGCUCUCAGAUUCUGUGUUUUGGGUCUGUGGAGGAAACAGAGCUGAGAGUAAAUGAACGCUGAUUAACCGUCGCAGAUGAACAAAAGCUGAAGUGAAUAUUUCUGUAAAGUUUGUCUCCGCACAUUUUUGAGGCGACGCUCUGAGCUCAGCAGGAUUCAUUAACCACUGAAACCCCCCAAAAAACUGUCUGAUUUCUGUCUGAACCAACACGGCAACAAUCGGCCGAAGAAACAAUGACCUAAAAUUAACAAACAAGGAGAAGAAAAUAUGAGAAAAAAAUAUUUUAAAAAGAGAGAAAGUACUUACAAGUAAUAUUAUGUAGAAUGAUUUUAAAUAUAUAAUUAUGUAGUUUUUGGACAUUUUUUCCUCCUAGAUUUUGGGACAUCUUUCAGAAUUAAUCUCACCCUAACUUAAUAAUAUCCUGCGGAAAAAUCAAGUUGCUCUUUUUUUAAACCACAGUUUCAAAAGAAAAAGCAGCUAGAUUGGGGUUCAAAGGGUUAAACACUUCUGAAAAGUAUUAUAAUAACAACAAUGUUUCAAAGGGUUAACUCUAUAUGGAAUAUUUUGUAACAUUGUGAUGAAGGCUUUACAGGACAGGUGUCCUCUGGGUGUCCUCCAGGUGUCUGUCAGCUUGUUGAACUUUUGAUUUUCGGAAUUUUUGAUGUGUGUGAUUUUUGGUGCCUGUUUUUGGUUUAAUUGACCUCUUGUUUAUUUUUACUGUUUUUAUUCCUUCAAUUCUGUGCGUUUCAAAUAAAAUUGGAUGAAAAGUC